CCACCACACCCUCGCACCGCUCAUCCACCCUCUCUCCACUGCAGCGAGAGCGCCGCGCCGCCGCGCCGCCAGCCAUGAGCGUCUAUGUCCCGCCGGCCGGCAGCGGCGGCGGCAGCUCCGGCUCCUCGGGCAGCGGCGGCGGCUUCUGCUCCGGCGGCUGCGGCACGCUGGCCGACAACCAGCGCACCUACCUCGCCGGCUACUUCAACGCACACAUGCUCAGCAAGCCCAGCUGGCGCUACAUGUACCUGCUCUGGCUCGUCGCUGCGGCACUGGCGCUCGUCGUGGCGGCAGGGCAUCAUCUGCGCUUCCGCGCGCGCAGCGGCAGCCUCGGCGCACGCUGGCUGCGCUGGACCAUCCGCAGCCGCACCAUUCCGCUCGGCAGACGAGAGGCCAGCGCGGCAGGGCACAGCCAUCCGCGCACCACGGCCGGCAAUGCCGCCCGCAUGCUCAGCCAGCCCGCCGCACAUGCGCCGCCCGCCAGGCGCCGCCGCACGCUCGUGCUGCCGCCCAUCGGCACGCUGUGCAUGGGCUUUGUGCUGCUCGUCAUCCCCGUGCUGCUCACGCUCAUCGGCGCCGACUACGUGCGCCCCUCGGCGGGCGUGUUUGACCUCGCGGCGUCGUUCCCCAACAUCACCGACCCCACGCAGUCGCUGACGGCGCUGCCGCAAGUGUCGCGGCGCGGCGAGGAUGUGCAGGGCGCUGCACAGCUGGCGCGCCGCCGCCUGCACUGGGGCCUGGGCCGCUUUCCCGCCGUCACCACCAUCGUGGCGACCGUCACGAUUCCCUACCGCACCUGGUGGACCGCCGGCGGGCGCACGGGCAUCAUGACCAACGCCCUCGUGCCCAUGGUCGUGCUGCUGGCGCUCAAGGCACCGCCGUUUGCGCUGCUCGCCACGCGCGCCCUCGGCGGCUUCGGCUUUGACCGCCUGGCCUUCCUGCACAAGUGGGGCGGACGCCUCGUGUGGCUCUUUGCCGCCGUGCACGUGGCGCUGUGGAGCGUGCAGCUGCGCAUCGACUAUGCCUUCGGCGGCAACAUGUGGGCCUUUGUCUUUCUCUGGCAGCGCUUCCGCUGGGGCUUCGUCUCGUUCGGCUUCCUCACGCUCCUCACGCUCCUCUCCAUCGGCCCGAUCCGCCGCGACUACUACGAGUUCUUCUACGUGGCGCACAUCGUCUGCGCCAUCGGCACCAUGGUCGCUGCCGCGCUGCACCACCCGCCGCUGGGCAUGUGGCUGUGGGCGCCGCUGGCGUGGUGGGGCGCCGAGCGCAUCUACCGGGCUGCGCGCACGGCGUGGACGAACGGCGUGGGCUUUGCCGGGCGCAAGCCGCAGUUUGUCGUCGGCGAGCAGAGCUGGCCGGGCGAGAAGCCGCCGGCGUGGCACGGCGCACCGCAUGGCGGCCCGCAGCACGGCGGAGCGCAGUAUGGCGGGCCGCAGCAUGGCUACCCGGACGCACCGCUCGCGGGCCCGCCGCCGGGCUGGGCCUCGCGUGUCGGCCCGCUGAGCAGCCAGGGCGGCCACUCCGUCGACAGCUCGUCGGCGACGAUGCUCAGCAGCCCGCCCAGCAAGACCGCGUGGCUGUCGCACGACUCGCAGCCCGUGCGCGGCGGAGCUCCGCUGCAGCACGAGCGGAUAGCGCUGCACGACGAGCCGGCAGGCAUGCAGAUGCAGAAGCUGCACGGCCAAGAUCUGGCGGGCAACGGCCUCGACCGGCGGAGAACGCGGCGCUCGGCGCGCUACGACCCUGUCUCCGAUGUGAUCGACGACUACUCGAUGGACGGCGCAGAGACGAAGCGCUUCAGCAGCAGUGCCGACCUGUACAACCAGGCGUACAGCUCGAGCGACAGUGCCUGGUCCGCGCAUGUGGCCCACGCGCCGCUGCCGCCGCCACACUUCACGCACAUGCAGAGCGAGCUGUCGGCUAGCUCGCACACGAGCCACGCCACGGCGCCCUACCCGCCGCCGUUCGGACAUCAGGCGCAGGGCAGCUUCUCGGCGUCCGGCUCGCGCCCCACCACGCCGCGCGCGCUGCAGUCGCAUGCGCCGCGCCCCGCCAUGGGCGCCGACAUUGCCGCCGUGAUCCGGCCGGGCUUUGCCUUUGCGCAGGUGCUGCCGGGCAAGACGCUGCGCUUGACGCUGCGCACGCCGAACGCCGUCUCGUGGCGCCCGGGGCAGUACGUCAACCUCAACGUGCCGGCGGUGCGCUGGUGGGAGAGCCAUCCGUUCACCGUCGCCUCGGCCUACGACGCCAACUUCAAGUCGUCGACCAUCUUCGGCGACGACGACGAGACGCCGAGCGGCCGUGCCAAGGGCGAGGAGCGUACCAUGGUGCUGCUGUUGCGUGCGCGCCACGGCUUCACACGGCAUCUGUGGAACUACGUCUGCGACCGGCGCGAGGAGCAGCUGAUCGCCGCGGGCCAGGCGGCACGCAAGGCGACGACGGGUGUGCACGUGCGUGCGCUCGUCGACGGGCCAUACGGCUCGACGGCGAGCGUGCGCUGGGGCGAGCAUGCCAGCGUGCUCAUCAUCUGCGGCGGCUCGGGCGUGUCGUACGGCAUGGCCGUGCUCGAGCAUCUCUGCGCCUGCCUCUCGCAGGCGCGCCAGAAGGGCUUCGUCACGACGCGCGUGCGCUUCGUGUGGAUGCUGCGCGAGUUCAGCCACCUGCAGUGGGUCGCCUCGGCGCUGCGCCGCUGCACCGAGCUCGUCGGCGCACACCAGCUGCAGGUCGACCUCUUCGUCACGCACUUCAACCAGAUCGAGACGCGCGUGCCCGCGCAGCCGGCAUCGUAUGGCGCUGCCUCCUCGCACGCACCCGGCCCAUCGGACGCCAGCGCCGCUGGCUUCACCGAGGCCGACGCGGCACAGGGCGAGGAGUUCAACGUCGACGCCUACGACCUGACGCAGUUCGAGGGCGAGGACUACAGCGCGCCCUCGGCGACGGAGAUGAAGAUCAACGAGCGCCUGCACUCGGAGGGCAAGCUGCGCCGCGCAAAGACGCGGCGCGCCACGAUGCGCAAGAAGGCCGGACGCGGAGGUGCAGCUAGUCGGCCCGGGCGCGCGAAUGCGCCGCCGAUGCCAUCGACGCAGCUCGACCUCGGCGAGCCGUCGGGCCCGCUGGGCGACGGCGCCCUGCUUGCGCCUCCGAAUCCGUUCGCCGACGACGGCUACACUUCGUCUGGCCCGCCGUCGCCGAACCUGCUGCCUCUUCUCUCGCCGGGCGUCGUGCCCGAGCUGCCCGUCAAGCGCGAGCGACCGCCGAGCAUGCUCAAGACGCAGAGCUCGUCGGGGCUCAGCGCCUACGCCGGCAGCACGCACGGCCUGCUUGCGCCCGACGUCGAGUCGCAGGCGGACAAGGACGAGGUGCUGCUGGACCUCGACGCCGACGAGGACGCCGACGUGCGCCACGUCGCCGAGCUGGCGCACCCGGGCCGCCCGCGCCUCGACCGCAUCGUGCAGGAGGAGGCGCGCGCCGCACGAGGCAGCUCGCUCCUCGUCACGAGCUGCGGGCCCAGCAGCCUGGGUGCGCUGCUGCGCGCCGUCGUCGCCAAGGAGAUCGACCCGCAGGGCAUCGGCAAGGGCACGGCGCCGCGCAUCGAGCUGCGCAACGAGACGUACGACUGGGGCGGCUCGUAGACGGCCGCGGCCCACCUGCUCCAUCUCUGUCCCUUCCUCGCCCUCUUCGGAGGCCCUGCAUCUGUAGCUGUACGCGCAUCAAUCAUCCACGUCUGUCAACACACGCUGUGACCCUCCGAGCGAGCCUCUCGGCACGCGCUUCGUUCAGAUGACGCGAUUCA